CAUUUGGCUUCCGCAACAACCAUCACCAAUGACAAGGGUCGGCUUUCCAAGGAAGAGAUUGAGAGAAUGGUGCAAGAAGCUGAAAAGUACAAGUCCGAAGAUGAAGAACUCAAGAAAAAAGUGGAAACUAAGAAUGCAUUGGAGAAUUACGCUUACAACAUGAGGAAUACAAUCAAAGAUGAUAAGAUUAGCUCCCAACUUCCGGCUGCUGAUAAGAAGAUAAUUGAGGAUGCAAUUGACGAAGCUAUCAAGUGGUUAGACAGCAACCAACUUGCAGAGGUGGAUGAAUUCGAAGAUAAGAUGAAGGAGCUGGAAGGUAUCUGCAAUCCAAUCAUUGCUAAGAUGUAUCAAGGCGGCGCUGGUGGAGCUACUAUGGAUGAAGACGGUCCUUCUGUUUGUGGCGGAGUUGGUUGUGGAAGUGGUGCUGGACCAAAGAUCGAAGAAGUGGAUUAA